AUGAUUGAUGGCGAAGAAGAUGAUAAAAUAUUAGCAGUAAACGCCGUAGAACCGCGACUCAGCGGCAUUAAUGAUUUAAAAGAUAUAGCCAAAAACAAGUUAGCCGAAAUUAAUAAUUUUUUCCAACGCUAUAAAGAAUUGGAAGGAAAAGAAGUAAUUCUUCACGGCUGGGGAAAUAAACAGGAAGCCGAAAAAAUUAUAGAAAAUUGUCAGAAACUAUAUAAAAACUACCAAGAAAAAAUUAAGCGAGGAAUUGACAAAAAAGAAUUAGUGAAGUUUAAUCUCGACUAUUAG